GUUGAACGAACGUGAUAUCCGCCAAUUUCAAAAUCAAAACACACACAAUAAUCACAUGAAAAUGUGAAAAAGACCUACUAAUAUCCAUAGCGAUGUUUUAAAAAUGCCACGUUUUACGUUUUAUGACUACUUUUUAACAUUUCUUUCAACGUCCACGUACAUUGCUGAUGUAGCAACUGAUGUUUCCUUGAUUGUUUAUUUCUUCACGGAAGGACAACAAGUAUGGGCGUCCCUGAGUCUGUGUUUUGUGGCCCUGGCAGCCCUCGUCAUGCAGGUGUUCAGCUUCCACUGGCAUGUAUCAGAUAGGACUCUCAAUGUUGGUUCACUGUUCAUACACCUGCUCUUCCUCGCACCUCUCCAUAGAUACUUCCGAGUGUUUCAUCUUGGACGUAGAUCUCGGCAGACAGGAAAGGCGGAAGAUUUAGGUGCGGCAUACAGAGCAAUCAAUGACAUCAGCAUUCUGCGACUAGUUGAGACGUUUUUAGAGUCAGCACCUCAGUUAGUGCUUCAGUUGUACAUAGUGCUUUCAAACCUUCAGAACUUUAACACCCUUCUUGGAUUUUCUAUGGUAUUUUCACUACUGUCUGUAUCAUGGUCUAUAACAGCCUACACAGAUGCCUUACAUCUGGCAUACAAGAAGUUCUAUAAGCGCAGCUUCAUUUCCAUGGUUACACAUCUCAUAUGGCAAACAGGGAUGGUCACUGCUCGUGUUGUCUCAAUAGUGCUAUUUGCUACAGUCUUCCAUGGAUAUGUCGGCAUACCUCUUGGUGUCCACUUUGUGGUAAUGUUAGUCUGGAUUACAAAGCUACAACCUGAGUUUGGUUCAACAUCUUGUGAACGACGUCUCUUCACAGUGGUGUCUGCAGCAAUACACAUAUUCUGCUUCCUGAAUCUAAAGGAUGGAAAUUCACGAUACAGAAUGGUAUUCUACUACAUUGUAAUGCUGAUUGAGACAGCUGUUUACAUGACGGUCUGGUAUAUGUGUAAACCAUACAGUGGGCCUAUCUGGUUUGAUGUGUCUGCUUUCUCAGUGGUAUUUGGAGCUUUUGGUUUAGGUACAUUAUUUCUGUUACUGUACUACGGCUGCUGCCAUCCUAGUGGACCUGCUCCGAUACCCAGUCAGAAACCAGAUUUCCUCAGACCAGGAAACCUCAACUUUGGUGCUGGUCCGCACCAGUAUAAACCAAGCUUACAGUUCAAGAAACCUCAGCAAGAUAAGCAGAUGAAUGGUGCAUCAAAGCAUAACCAGCCAUCCAUAUUUGAUGUGUCAUCAACCUCUGCUCGAAUUAAUCUUUGGUUGAGUGCAUCUCUGGACCUUAGUAAAGAAGGUCUGGUUGAAAACCCGGAUACUCACCUUGAUCCAUCCUUACAGUUAUCUGGUAAUCAGACAAUGGACAGAGAACAGAAGAUUGAUAAUCUGAGUGAGCAGAGGAAUGUGUCCUGUAUGAAAUCACCGGUAGCUGUGCAUGUGUCACCAUUGGGAUCAUCGGGCAGUAACAGUGCAGCUAAAUCAAUCUUAGGGAGGUCUCAUUACUCCUCAUAUCAGGAUGCUGGUAGCUACAGAGAUAGGUCAGAGUCAGAAUUGAACAGAACAGAAGAUAGACUGGACUUCAGUCGAAUUAGUAGAGCAACAGAUAGAGAACAGUCUAUACCAGAUUAUAACCUUGUUGAAAUGUUUGCUCGAUGUAAACUAGACCCAUCGUUUGUUUCAGAUUCUUCCAUCAGUGACAUUUUGUUUAAUCAGACCAUGAAGCAAAAUAGUCCUACUGGUACACAUGGAAAAUACUCACUUUCACCAGAAAAUCAAAGUGGAAGAACAUUUCUUGAACAAAACAAGUCACAGAUGGAAAUUUCUGGCUCAAAUUGGAACCAAACUAGGACAUCCAAUGAUUCUUCAAAAUCAUUGAUAUACUCGACAAGGACAACACCAGAACGAGAUAGUGUUGGUGAACUUGGACCACCAAGUAUAUCACCUCUAGAUCCAAGCAGACUGUGGGAGGAAUCAGAAGGAAGAUUGGCACAUACACCAUCCUAUACCAGUUAUCUGAACAACACUGGGUCAGACCCAACGUUACAUCGAUCAGGGGAGAAAAAUCCUGUAUUGACUGUAACACCCGAUGCUUCAAGGGGAAUUACACAUUUGUCACUCUCUUACAGCAAUUUGAACUCUGACAAUAUUUCACCAAAACAAAAUACGAAUGGCAGCAGAGACAAUAGUGCUCUUUCAGAGACAGCAAAUUCUUUUGUAUUCAAGAAUGGGGUAGAUAAAUCAAUUGAGUCGCUAAGUGGUAGCAGUAACCUUGUAAACCAGUCUGAAAUGCUGUCUUUCUCUGAUGUUUCACUUCAACUUCCAGAUAGUUCGUCAAACUCGAAAAAUAUGUCGGGUACACAACCAGAUAUUUCAAAAAGUACCACCCCAAGUGUCAGACUUAACAAUCAGGGAAAGAGAAAGUCUGGUGAGAGAUAUGGUUCAUCAAAUAAAUCUUCUUUAGACAAGUAUUCUAAGUCUAGAUCUAUAGAUAGUUUUAGCAGUAGAGAAUACUCGCCAUCUGAUCAGCAAUCCUCGUACUUGUCAGACAGAGGUUUAGCAUCUUCUGAUAGAGGACUUUCUUCUUCGCAUUCUACAAAUGACGCUUCGGGUCAUAGGUCGCUCACUUCUAGUGGGUUUCAGAGUGAAGAGUCAAACAUGGGCAUUACAAGUCCAGCCUACACUCAUUUCUGUAACAAAAAUGCAAACCAGUUUCAGUCAACACCAGUUGUUGAGAAUGAAAUUUCUUCUAUUUGCCCACCCUCUUCCGUAAAACCAGUGAUGACAAAGAGAGUAAGUUUGGAUGAGGACGUCUAUGCAGAUGUUUCAAAAUUCAAGAACUCGACACCAGUUAUUGAAGAAAAUCCAACAACAGUGCACAGUAAGGAUUUAGAUGACAACAUAACACCGAUCAGUAGUGGUGAGCCUAGAAAAGGUCAUAUAGUCAUGCCACCAUCUUCAUUAUUUUACGAGAAUUCAUGCGUUGAUUCUCCAAUUCUUCCUCCACUCGGAUGGUCUCGUUGUCCAUCGUCAACGGGAUCUUCAAGCUCAGGAGGAAAGUUUUUCAAGGACCCAACUAUAGAUAGUAAUGAAAAUUUGAAUAAUAAAUCAGAAGACUCUAAAUAUAGCCAGUCUUCGGUGUCGCAGGGAACAAAUAACAGUGGAUGUCUAGAGAGAUCAAGUCUGUCAGCUCUGCUUUCUGAUAUGUCCAGUAGUAAAUGUACCCGCACUUCGGAAGAGACAUUGUCAUUAUCUUCUGAUCCAGAUUCUUUGAGACGGUCGAGCCGUUCAGCCUUGUCCAUAAGCAUGAUGAGAAAGGCUGAAAGUCUACCAUACAUGCCAGAGAACAGUGCAUACAAUUUGAAUAAUUCAGAAACCAGAAUAGCUGCCAGUCUGCCAUACCAGCCGUAUGAUCCACUGAACAAACAGAGCUUGGACAGAUCACAAAACAGCAUUCAUGAUUAUGAAAAUAUCAACAAUUAUUCAAGACAGAAUUCAAAUGGAUCAAAUUCUUCCAGUUUAAGCUUGACCGGUGGCAAAACUGUUUCUUCCUAUCUUUAUAACAGUGAACUAGAAAAGAAUAGAUUACAAGAACUGUAUGAUGAAUUAUCACAUGCAUCUAGUACUGGUAUUUCUAGAAUACCAGACUAUGUAAAUGUGAAUGAAUUUAGUGAUGGCAAUUAUGUUGACUGCCUAUCAGAAACUGAAGCUGUAACUGACAUGUUUGGCAGGGAUAAAUGGAGAGCCAGUCUAGAUAAAGAAAUGAAGGAUAGACUAGUUCAUGACAUUGAAAAACUUGCCCCAAGGAAAUUGUAUCAGCUUAGCACAAAGAAUGGACCUCCAAAGAAGAAGUUGUCACCUGUAAAUAUUACUGAAUACACAGAUUCACCAUACAAGUUCAGAAAACCAAACAAUACCACCUCAUACUAUGAAAAUAUUGACAAUUUUGGUAAAACUGAUCUUAGUGAAUACACUCAGUCACCAUUUAAAGUUAGAAAAUCUGGCAGUUCUGCUAGAAGAACUAUCUGUGACAUUGUAAAGAGUGAUAGUAAUGACAGUUUGACUGCAGAGUAUGAAAAUAUAAACUCUUUAGGUGGUAAUACAGACUAUGUUAACAUUGAUCAUCUGUUGGGUCCCUGCCCUGUAGCUACUCCGGAAAGUUUGUCAGAUAACGUAAUGCUUGAAGAUAUUCACGGACACAGGGACAAAACUUUCAGUCUGGUUAGUAAUGUACAUGGUGAAUUAUACCAAGACUCUGUGUUUGACAAUGAAAGUUUGCGAUCACAAGAAUUACUUCGAACGAAAUCACCUAUAAAUACAUCUGGUGUGAAUAGUGCUUUUAGACCAGUUAAAGGGAGGAAAAGUGUUGAGAGUCCACUGUCUAGAAGUAGCAGCAAUAGUGACAAAACAUAUAACAUUGAGAAUGAAAUAGGUUAUAAAAGCGAUGAGUAUGUGCAAUCCAGUCAAGAAGGUUCUGUAGAAAGCACUGAUGCCAGUUUAAGUUCUAAGAAUUCAAGAAGGCAAUCAAAUGUAUCAAAUUAUUUGAGUGAUGUUGAAAACAUGUCAUCCUUUCAAUGGUCACAGGAUACUGGAUCGGUGUCCAUGACUGGUUUGUCCGAAUCAACAAGUCAGUCUCCAAGAAACUACCUGCAACUUGCUGGUAAAGCUCCUCUCAAUUUUUCUGUGCCAACAUUUUUGCGAGAUGAUAGCAGCAGCCAAACCUCAAAGCAUUCCUAUACAGAUUCAAUCCCCUGGGAGGAAUCGGAAAGUUCCUUACAGACUUCUGCUGAUUUAAGUGGAGUAAAGCCGAGUGUAAGACAGCCUUUAAAGGCACUAGAAAAUACACCGGUGUUUUCCCCAAUCUAUGGUCAAGACAGACAGUUAAGUAUUGAACUCUCAAGUAGGAAGAGAUUCAUGAGUACUCCAAAAUUAUCAACAGGCUCGGAGAUGAGUAUGUCGAGAAACUCGGAGGAUUCUAUUUUGAGCAUGAAGACCCCUCAGCGCAGGAGAAGUUCUGGCGUACCCAAGAAAACAUACUCUGACAACACUAGUACUUGGAGUUCACAAAGCGAAGCAGACAUUUCAAAUCAUGUAAAUGAGCAUAGUACUUUUGCAUUGUCCAAAACAACCUAUAUUUGAUAUGGAAAAUAGAGGUCUGGUUCUGAUCAAUAUUUUAUUGAACUGAUUUGCCAGUAAUGUUUCUUUUUUGGACUUUAGGUUAGGAUAAAUGCACAGUUGAUUCAGUCAUAAAGAUUUAGUCUUCUAGCAAUUAAGGUAUUUUGUAAAAUUCAAACAAAUGGGAUGGGAGAUUGAAAAGAGUAAGAAUUUUUUGUAUGUGCAAUUAAACCUGUGUGAUUUUGUGUUUGUCUUUGACUGGAGUGUUAUAUGUAGUUAUGUAUAUAUAUUUAUGAGCAUUGUACUGGUAUUCAGGGUUUGGUAUUUCAGAUUUUCACUUUGCCAUAUUGUAAUGGUGUAUUUGAUUAGAAGUUCAAGCUAGUGAUAAUGUUUCCUUUGAGAUAGCAAGCAGCAGUAUGGUUUCUUAGAUUAAUUUUAAGUUCCAUAAUGUUUUUCAUUUUAUAUUAAAAACUGAUAAAGCAGUUGUUCAAAUAGGGAAUAUACAUAAUUAUAUGGUUAGAUGAGCACUACUUUCAAUAUUGCACAGGAACAGUCAGGGCCAUAAAGGGAGAUAAUAAAAAAAAAAACUGAGUCAAUUAAGCUUUCUGUUUUAUGAUUCGGAAAUUCUGCUUACCUCAUUGUCAGUUUGGUGGUCCAUAAAAGGUGAUAUUCACCACAAGAAGUGAUAUUCUUAUUUAUAAACAAGCUUGAAUGAGCUACUCUGACACUUGCGCUAUACUAAAUAUAGAAUUGGUGUCAAACACCAACCAGUCUUAUCCGGUUUCCAUAAAUGCAUGAUCAAAUCAGCAGCCUUUUCGCAUUUCGUUAAAUUUGUGUAUUGACUGUAAACAUUUUUUCUAAUGAACAAUCUAAAGGAGAUAUUAACCACACUGCACUUUUUAAGUGUAGUCAUAAAAUAAAACGCUGCAUGAUUACUGUGAAAUCAUUAAUAUUCGUGGGGGAUUAAUUUUCGUUGUUGAGUCAAUCCACGAAAUUUGAUCCCAACGAACGUGUAAAAUUCCCAUUCAUUUUAUGUUCAAAAGUUGGAAUCCACGAAUUCAUAUCCCCAUGAAAUUGCCGUUUUGACAAAAACCACGAAAUUUCAUGCCCACGAAAUUAAACGAUUUUACACCGGUUAGGUCCAUAAACUUGGAUAUUCACUGCAUUAUCAUACAAUAACUAUUUACAAUUGUAUUAACCAAAUUUUCAAAUAUAUGACCAAUCUCUUUAGUUUACAUUUACAGAAAAUAGAAAAUAACAAGAAAUUAAUACAGUUCAGGUUAAUAUAUACACAUUAUUAACAAUGUCAUUAUGUCCCUUUAACUACUUGCACACAUGUACAGUAUUGGAAUCUGUUUUAGUUUUUUUCAUUUGCCAGAUCAAAGAGACAUGGUUUUUAUACGCCCAAAGGGACGUAUUAUGUCACAACGCCGAUGUCCUUUGUCUGUCCGUUAGCAAUUUCGUAUCCGCUCUAACUCUUGGACACCUUGAAGGAUUUCGAAAAAAAACUUGACACAAAUGUUCACCACACCGAGACGAUGUGCAGAGCGCAUGUUCUGGAUGGCUCGCUUCUAGGUCAUGGUCACACUUAGGGGUCAAAGGUCAUAUGAGUUUGUUUUGCUCUGUAACUCUUGAACUGCUUGAAGGAUUUUAAAGAAAAUUGGCACAAAUGUUCACAACACGAAAUGACUUGCAGAGUACAUGUUUCAGAUGGCUCACAUCAAGGUCACACUUAGGGGUCAAAGGUCAUGCCUUUGGGCGUAUAUUGCUCCGCAUUGCGGUGCUCUUGUUUAUUCUCAGGGCAGGCACAUGUCUAGUGACAAUUUAACCAAAAAAUUAAUAAUUUACCGUUUCUAUACCCAGGGUUUUCUUUAAUUUCUCUUUAAAUGUUAGAUAAUACUAUUCAUGUUGUAAAUCAUUUUAAAGAACUUUGAGGAUGGUAAUAGAAAGUUUUUCUUUUUUUCAAAAUUCUUGAUUAGUUUCGAAUUAAUUGUAAAAAAAAAAAAAAAAAAGAGUUCAUUUUCACAGUUUCUCUGUUUUAUGGCUGCAACAACCAGUGCCGUUUUAGAGAGUCUAAAAUGUUUACAAUUUCAGAAGCAUGGCUGAAUGGAACAUUGUUAUAUAAGCAGAAUUUCACUGGAAAAGACAGCAAUGUAAAAGCUAACAAAUUUAGUAGGUCAUACUAAGCAUUGUUAAAAGGUUGGUGGUGCUUUAUAUUAUGUACAUACUCGUUGGGGAGAGGUGGGGUGGGGGGGGGGGGGGGGGGGGUAUUUAAAUUCCAAUGAUAAAUUUCAAAUUAAGUCAACAUUUCAGCAGAAGAUAAUUAUGUCUCUUACCACACAGUGGUGUGGGGAACUUAUUGAUUUACUCCUGUCUGUGUGUGUCUGUCUGUCACAAAUCUUGUCUGCACUCUAAGCCAAACAUUUCUCAUCUGAUCUUCACCAAACUUGAACAAAAUGUGUUUGACCAUAAGUCCUCGGCCAAGAUCGAUAACUAGCCAAAUCAGCCCAGGCACUUCGGAAUUGUGGCCCUUGAAUUACCGAAAAUCUGCUUUUUUACUCGUGUCUGCGCUCAGAGUCGAACAGUUCUCAUCCGAUCUUCACCAGCCUUGAACCAAAUGUUUUUUACCAUAACUCCUUAACUAGUCAAAAAGCCCGAGGUACUUUAGAAUUAUGGCCCUUGAAUUACUCAGAAUCAGCCUUUUUACUCUUCAGAGGUACAUUUGUAGUGUGUAAACAGUUUAUAAAGACUGACUUACUAGUUAGAUGAUUAGGCAGUUGUGGGAGACAUGCGCUUUUCUCAAAAGCAGGUCUAGUUACCUUUCAUCAAAUAUAUAAAUACUGCACUUGAUGUAUGGAUUAUGAUUAUGCAACAUUGAAUUAUUCUGUAGGAUAGAGCUUGAAUGAAUGAUUACAAGAUUUUGAAGACAAAACUGUAAAUAUAAAAAUACUGUUAUUUGUGUACAUUUACUCGUUUUAUCUUUCUUUAUUGUUGCAUUAGAAAAAUGAUAUACCGGUAAUAGAACAGUUUUGCUACCAAUUUAAUGUUAUUUCUGAUGACCUUUAUGAAAUAAGGAAAUGUCCAAGUCAGCAGGACUGUGCAGUUUUAAAGAUUUUAGAAAAUAGGUUUGUGUGCAUUUUGACCAUUUCUGAGAUGUUGAUUUUGUCCUGACAAUGUAUGUUAUAUAAAACAGUCUUAGUUGAUUUGGACAAUGAGAAGGGUCCCAAAAUACAUUCCAGUCAUUUCAGUUUUUUUUUAUAAAUACAGAAAGCACUGUAUCGUAGGAUUUCUACUUUUUUUUCAAGUAAAGAAACUAGAUAGAUGUUUAACAUUUUAACUGAUUAGAAUGCCAUUUUAAAAUAUGUGAAUUUUAAAACCUUUUAUUCUCAAAUUUUUUUAUUUAUUUUUUUUUUGUGAAAGGAGUACCAGUGUUGUAUUUUUUGUUAAGGAGAACUUGUUAUGUUCAGUUAAUGUUAUUUAAUUUCGUUCGACUACAUUUUCUUUUGUGAUUUGAGGAACAGUUAGCGAAAAGGAUCUACAGAAAAUUGAAAAGGGGAAAUUGAAUUUUUACGAUUUUAUUUUGAUAUUUUUGUAUGUUCAGCCUAAGCUAAUGCUCUCCAUAUGUAAUUUUUUGUCAAAUUGCCAUUCUUUUUUAAAUAACUGUGUUUAUGUUUUACUCUAAUCAUUUAUCAGAUAAAUUCUUUUGUAAUAGUGAAAUGGUAUUUCAAAAUGUGUAAAAAUUAGUAAUCAGUAUAAGAAGAUAAAUUAAUCUCAGCCUUUCCUUCAUUUACCUACCUAAAAUCUCAACUUCUUUUACUUCGAGUUUCAUCUACAUAUUGAUUUUUUUGUUAGAAACUUUAUCAUUCAUUUUCUGAAAUCUUUCUAUGUGUUGGCUCUUGUUCUCUAUUUGUGCUGUUCCUGUCUUUUUUUACAUAGUUUAUACAAGACUGUCUGCAUUCAGUAGUUUCUGUCCACUCUAUGUACAUUCUAACCAUAAUGUGUUCUAAAUAUUCUAUAGCAAUAUUUUCAUAUAAAUGUUUGAUAUUACACUUUGUAUAAAAAGGUGAGAAGCUUAAA